GUUAAUUCUUUCGGUUACCUAAUUGUUUUUCAGAUAGUUGAUAUUGAUUGAUCAAAAUGGUGAAUUUCACGGUUGACCAGAUCCGUGCGAUCAUGGACAAAAAAUGGAACAUCCGUAAUAUGUCCGUUAUUGCGCAUGUAGACCAUGGAAAAUCAACACUCACAGAUUCCCUCGUGUCGAAGGCUGGAAUCAUCGCUGGUGCUAAAGCCGGUGAAACAAGGUUUACAGACACUCGAAAAGACGAGCAGGAACGUUGUAUCACAAUCAAAUCAACGGGUAUUUCGCUAUACUACGAAGUGAAUAAGGAUGAAAUGGGCAACUUCGAUGAGAAGCAGAAACCCGAUGGAAAUGGAUUCCUCAUCAAUCUCAUGGACUCACCUGGCCACGUUGACUUCUCAUCGGAAGUUACUGCGGCUUUGAGAGUGACGGACGGAGCUUUAGUUGUUGUCGAUUGUGUCAGCGGUGUUUGCGUCCAGACCGAGACAGUGCUGCGUCAGGCUAUCGCAGAGCGAAUAAAGCCUGUUCUAUUCAUGAACAAGAUGGACCGUGCUCUGUUGGAGCUGCAGCUGGCUCAAGAGGACCUCUACCAGAACUUCCAGAAAACUAUCGAAAGUGUGAACGUGAUCGUGGCCACCUACACAAGUGACGAGGUGAAAGAGAUGGGACCGCUGGAAGUGAAUCCCAUCGAGGGAACCGUAGGUUUCGGCUCAGGAUUACACGGAUGGGCAUUCACCCUGAAGCAGUUUGCCGACAUGUUGGCCAAGAAAAUGGGCGGUAAAGACCCGAAGAAGUUGAUGUCGAAACUAUGGGGUAACUGGUGCUUUGUCAAAGAAGAGAAAAAAUGGAAGAAGAAUGACAGUCCAAGCGAAGAAUGCCCACGAGCUUUCUGUCAGUUUAUUCUAGACCCCAUAUACAAGGUAUUUGACGCAGCAAUGAACGACAAGAAAGAUCUGCUGGAAAAGAUGUUGGCCACUAUUAAUGUGGAAUUGGUGAACCAAGAAAAAGAAGAGCUGGGCAAGAAGUUACUGAAGACGAUCAUGAGGAAAUGGCUGCCAGCAGGAGAAACUCUAUUGGAGAUGAUUGUGUUCCCUGCUCAGGCCCAAAAGUACAGAAUGGAGAUGUUGUACGAAGGUCCUUUCGAUGAUCCCUGCGCCACAGCUAUCAAGAACUGUGACCCAGACGGUGAACUUAUGAUGUACAUCUCAAAAAUGGUCCCCACCACUGAUAAGGGACGCUUCUAUGCCUUCGGAAGAGUGUUUUCUGGUAAGAUCGCCACUGGGCUCAAAGCCAGGAUCAUGGGACCCAACUACAAACCAGGAACAAAGACAGAUCUCUUCCUGAAGUCUAUCCAGAGAACUAUUCUGAUGAUGGGACGAUAUGUUGAGCCAAUUGAUGAUGUACCGUGUGGAAAUAUUUGUGGACUUGUGGGAGUGGAUCAGUACCUGGUCAAGUCGGGAACCAUUUCAACUUACGAAAAGGCAUUCAACCUGAAGGUGAUGAAAUUUAGCGUCAGUCCAGUCGUCCGAGUCGCAGUUGAGUGCAAAAACCCUCAGGACCUACCGAAACUUGUCGAGGGUCUAAAGCGCUUGGCUAAGUCUGAUCCUAUGGUGCUGUGUGAGAUCCCAGAGAGUGGUGAUCACGUUGUUGCUGGAGCUGGAGAGCUUCACUUGGAGAUCUGUCUGAAGGAUUUGGAGGAAGAUCAUGCUGGAGUUCCUCUGAUCAAGAGCGACCCAGUGGUGUCCUUCCGAGAGACUGUGACGGCUUGUUGUGAGAAACCAGCGUUGAGCAAGUCACCCAACAAGUUCAACAGAUUGUUCGUGACCUGUGAUCCGUUCAUUGAGGGCCUAGCUGAGAAGAUCGACUCAGGAGAGGUUUCGGCAAACGAUGAAAUUAAAGAGAGGGCUAAGUUCAUCUACGAAUCGUUGGUUAAAGACACGGACAAGAUGCAAGAGUACCUCGAUGCACAGUGGGAACCAGAUCUUCUGAGAAAGAUCUGGGCUUUUGGUCCUGACACCAACGGACCCAAUUUCUUGUGCGAUGCCACCAGAGCUGUCCAAUACCUGCAUGAAAUCAAAGACAGUUUUGUCUCUGGCUUCCAAUGGGCAUCUAAAGAGGGUGUUAUUGCGAACGAAAACUGCAGAGGUAUCAGGUGGAGAAUUAACGACGUAACAUUGCACACGGAUGCCAUCCACAGAGGAGGUGGUCAGAUCAUUCCCACAGCCAGGAGGGUGCUCUAUGCAUCGCAGAUGAUGGCAGAGCCCAGAUUUCUGGAGCCAGUGUACCUGGUUGAGAUCCAGUGCCCAGGAGAGGUUUUGUCUGGAGUGAGCAGUGCCAUGAAUGCCAGGAGGGGAAAUAUCUUCGAGCAGAAUCCCAUCACAGGCACACCACAGUACCAAGUCAAGGCCCAUCUGCCUGUGUUGGGAUCAUUCGGAUUCACUGGAGAUUUACGGAAAGCCACGGGCGGACAAGCGUUCCCUCAGUGUGUAUUUGACCACUGGCAGGUGGUGAACUACGAUCCUCUUGCGGUGCAUCCCCAAGACAUUAAGGACCCGGCCAAGGUCAAACAGUUCUACGAUAACAACCAGGCCUACAAAAUCAUGAUGAAGAUCAGGAAGCGACGGGGCUUGAAAGAGGAACAGCCGAAGUUGGAUGACUACUUCGACAGGAUGUGAUGUGGUGUGGGUGGCUAACAGAGAACAAGAGCGGGCCAACAUCAGUAUGAACUGUAUAAUGAAAUUGUGACGUCAGUUGACAGUUGUUCGUAUUAGGUAACCUGAUGAAUGGACCUCGUCUGAAUCUGAACUGGUGAUUGUUGAAGGUGCUACUCAUAUUUGGGUUUGAAGGCUUGAAUAUGCGAUACUUUCAUUUUAAUUUACAACAUCACAACGAAGCUUAAUUUAAGUAUUCAGACGCAA